AUGCCACUGCUGGGCUGGAACCCGCUGGCACCCGUCCUCCAGACCGUCGCCGCCUUCUCCCGCCACAUCCUCAUCGCCCCCGACGCCGGCCCCGACGACCACCGCCUCCGCCCCCUCCUAGCGCUCUCCCUGUCCCCGCCUUCGCCGGCACCACCGCGGCCGGAGGUCCUGAAGGCAAGUCGUGUUUUCUCCGUACUCGCGCCGAUGUCGCCUUCUGUUUGGUUUGGUUUGAUGGGGAGAAUGAUCAACUAUGUGACUUGCUUUCAGUUCCCUGACGAACCCACGAGGCAGCAAAAACGGGAUGCGAAGGAAUUGAUGCAUAUAAUCUCGAGACUAUAUCCUUGCAAAGAAUGUGCUGAUCACUUCAAGGAAGUUUUGAAAGCAAAUCCUGUGCAGGCAGGAUCUCAAGCUGAAUUCUCCCAGUGGUUAUGUUAUGUGCACAACGUGGUUAAUCGAAGCCUAGGGAAGCCAAUAUUUCCCUGCCAAAGAGUAACUGCACGAUGGGGUAAGCUUGAUUGCCCUGAGCGCUCGUGUGAUCUAGAAGGCAACAUCGACAUCAUGCCAAACCGAUGA